GGAGGCCUUUCCUAGAGAGGAGACGGGCCGGCGCCUUUCCCUGUGCGCUCACUUCCGGAGGAGGAAGGAAAGGCCUUUCGGAGAGAGAAGAAGAAAGCGGAGGAGAGGGUAACCUCUGAAUGAAUCUUCUGAAGAACACUUUGCCCUUUGCAUUAGGUCUGAAAUGAAAGUACACAGCACUGAUAAGAAGACAAAAUAAGUUGGAGAAAUUAUAUUUCAAGCUACAUAUCUGUGUAUUCAAGGAGGAGAAGGAGAAUUGUGCUGUAAAAAGUGGGGCUUGGUAAAGAAAAAAGACUACAGCAAUACAGAGACUAAGAAGAGGAAAUCUUGUCCUGUUCAGGAGUACAUAUCUGUGAACUCUGGCAUAAUAUUUGAAUCAUAAAUGUAAAAGAAUGGAAAAUCUGCAAUCCUUGUCAAAACCACACACACGGGAGAAGCGACAUAAUUGUAUGGACUGUGGGAAAUGUUUCAUUUGGAGAAGUUCCCUUAAUAAACAUCAACAAACUCACAGAGGAGAGAAGCCAUAUAAAUGUGUGGAAUGUGGAAAGAGCUUCAGUCAGAGUGGCCAUCUGAGUAUCCAUCAAAUGAUCCACACAGGGGAGAAGCCAUAUAAAUGCGUGGAAUGUGGAAAGAGCUUCAGUCAGAGUGGAACCCUGCAUUCCCAUCAAAGGACCCAUACAGGGGAGAAACCACAUAAAUGCAUAGAAUGUGGAAAAAGCUUCAGUCAGAGUGGACAGCUGCGUAUCCAUCAAAGGAGCCAUACAGGGGAGAAGCCACAUGAAUGCAUGGAAUGUGGAAAGAACUUCAGUCAUAGUGGAAUGCUGCGUUCCCAUCAACAAACUCACACAGGGGAGAAACCACAUACAUGCGUGGAAUGUGGAAAGAGCUUCAGACAGUGUGGACAGCUGCAUUCUCAUCGAAGAAUUCACACAGGGGAGAAGCCAUAUAAAUGUGUGGAAUGUGGAAAGAGCUUCAGUCAGAGUGGACAUCUGCAUUCUCAUCAAAGAACUCACACAGGGGAGAGGCCACAUAAAUGCAUGGAAUGUGGAAAGGGCUUCAAUCAUAGUGGAUAUCUGCGUACCCAUCAAAGGACCCACACAGGGGAGAAGCCACAUAAGUGUAUGGAAUGUGGGAAGAGCUUCAGUCAGAGUGGAAAUCUCCAUAUCCAUGAAAGGACCCAUAGAGGGGAGAAGCCGCAUAAAUGCAUGGAAUGUGGAAUGAGCUUCAGUCAGAGUGGAGAUCUGAAUUCCCAUCAAAGGACCCACACUGGGGAGAGGCCACAUAAAUGCAUGGAAUGUGGAAAGGGCUUCAGUCAUAGAUCGACUCUUCGUUUCCAUCAAAGGACCCACACAGGGGAGAAGCCACAUAAAUGCAUGGAUUGUGGAAUGAGCUUCAGUCAGAGUGGACAUCUGCAGUCCCAUCAAAGAACCCACACAGGGGAGAAACCACAUAAAUGCAUGGAAUGUGGAAAGGGCUUCAGUCAAAGUGGAAGUCUGCGUACCCAUCAAAGAACCCACACGGGAGAAGCCACAUAAAUGAGCUUCAUUCACUGUGCAAAUCUGCACACCCAUGAAAGGACCCACACAAGGGAGAAACCAUAUAAAUGCAUGGAAUGUGGGAAAAGCUUCCGUCAGAGUGGACAUCUGCGUUCCCAUCAAAGGACCCACACAGAAGAGAAGCCAUAAAUGCAUGGAACAUCGAAAGAGCUUCACACAAGGUUCAGCAUGCACUGGACAUCAAAGGACUCACAUAGCUAGAGGAGACCUGCCUUUGUUUCCUCGUUCUGGUGAAAAAAUUCUCUAGGCAAGAGUCCCAGGCAGACAGAAUUGACAGAAAAAGGAAGGCCGCCAUAUUUCUCUCUGUCAUGUACAGCAGUUUGUGUGGUCUGGCUUGACUGAUUCUGGGGGCAGGUCUCCCACAGAGGAGGACUUUUCUCAGUAUUGCAUUCAGUUUGGAAGCUAGUUUACCUGACCUGUUUCUCCUCAAGAAAAGCAUUGCAGGCUUCUGGAAUGAUGUGGAAGAUUUUUUUAAAAUGAACAUCAGCUAAGAUGUCAUCAUAAAAGGGUUCUGGAAAAGAAUAGCUCUUUUGUAGCAGAUACAUUAGUACUCUUGCCCUGGAUCUUGUCUCUGCUGACCCUUGGAUAGAAUUCUGGACUCUAGCCUUGUUCCUAUAAUCCUGUUCCGGAUUCUAUUAUACCCUGAGUCAUUGACUUUAAAUUCUGGAUUGACUAGUUUUGUUGAUUUAUGGACUUCAGUUUCCUUCUGGCUUGACUUAGGAAUUCUGACUACGGUUUGUACUCUUGCAUUCUUGGUUGUUAUUUUCUGAACUAUGGUUCUCCAGAGACUGGCUGUAGGGAAUGACAGAGAGCUGGGUAUGUUUAGCUUGGAGAAAAGAAGGGAAGGCUUCUCCCUCGGCAGGGAAGGAGGAAUAGGCCACCCAGUUUUUCUUUAGGUUAAUAGGACCCCCUGACUGUCAGAUAGAAAAAGACAUAAUGGAUAGGAAUGCAUUACACAUGCCUCCAGUGUGUAAUAAUACAGUUCUUAAUAAACGUGUUCACAGCACAGUACUCUAAACGGUUAAGGAAACAGAGAAGAUGCUCCUAGAGGAACGGCAGAGUCACGUCCUGUCCUCUCUAGGGAAGAAUGGGAGUGGCUUGUAUGUGCGCUUCCUUCUCUGCCAUACGACUUGCUAUCUACCAUUUUAUAGAAUCACUAGCUGUGCCCGGCCACGCGUUGCUGUGGCGAAGUAUGGUGGAAGGGCCUUGAGUCUACACUGCCAUAUAAUCCAGUGCAAAUUAGAUAAUCUGUGGAAGAGGCCUAAGUGAGGCCUAAAUCUGCCUGUCCCCUAACUGAACCCUGGCUCUCCCUUGGCUGAGUUGGUUGCUAGGAAACCAAGUGGGCAGAGAUUAGCCCUCUAAACUGGUAGUAAUUAGAUAAAAACAAUUAUUGCUCUCCCUCUAAUUAGGACUUUAUUUUUCUUUUCUUUUUGUUGUAUCAACCUAGAGGCAUGGAUGAUGGGUUGUGUUGUCAAAUUUCGAGGUUGGGGGGGCCAGUAGUUUUGUUGUUUUGUGGGUCGCCGUGAUGCCAUCACUCUUUUAUAUAUAUAGAUAGAAUUGCAAGAGACCUCGUGGGCCAUCGAGUCCAACCCCCAGCUAAGAAGCAGGGAAAUCACAUUCAGAUCAGCCCUGACAGAUGGCCAUCCAGCCUUUGUUUAAAAGCCUCUGAAGAAGGGGCCUCCACCGCACUCCGGGGCCGAGAGAGAGUUCCACUGCUGAACAGCCCUUCUCACAGUGAGGAAGUUCUUCCUAAUGUUCAGGUGUUCCAUUGCGUCCUAGUCUCCAGGGCAGCAGAAAGGAAGCCUGCUCCCUCCUCCCUAUGACUUCCCCUCACAUCUUGAUCCCUGGCCCUCAUCAUGUCUCCUCUCUCUCAGCCUUCUUUUCUUGGGCUACACAUGCCCAACUCUUUAAGCCGCUCCUUGGGCUUGUUCUCCAGACCCUUGAUCAUUUUAGACACCCUCCUCUGGACACAUUCCAGCUUAGAGUCAACAUCUCCCUUCAAAUCUGGUGCCAGAAUUGAACACGGUGUCAUUCCAGGUGUGGUCUCAUUUAUUUCUUGGAGGCCUUGCCCUAAUUGUCUGCAUGUAUAAUCCAUUACCAUCCUUAUUGUGUGAAGUUACUGUUAUGUUUGUGAGUAUCUUUGUAUAUUAAGAGAAGACCUGUAAAUAAUUAUGAGUAGCAAAUAAAUCAAGAAUAAAACCUCCAGGGACUUUGGAUGAAAGUCAGAACUCAAGAGUGUUUAUUCAAAGAGAAGAGCUACUUUACAAGGCCAGAGGCUGUGAAACUGUGAUCAGGACUCUGCACUGUUUUGGGGAUUGUAACAUGUUGAAGUGGGAAUGAUUGUAUAUAGAGUUGUUUUAAUGUAAUUGAGUUAUAGUGAUGCAAUGUGAGCUGGAGAUUGCAUCAUGCACUGUCUGCUGUCCACUAUGCGAGUGUGUAAAGAGUUAACUGUGUAUUGCAUCAGACAGCAGAGGUGAUUAUAAAUAGCUCCCUGUGUUAUCUCUCUUCUCUCUGCCCUCCGCUCUUUUGUCUCUCUGCACUCUGUAUGUAUAUAUCGUCUUGAGAGUUUUCCGUUUGUUAGUAAAUCUUUUGUAGAAAGCCAAA